AUGGCUAAUGAAGCUAUCAAUGUUCCUGAAUCUGUGCCUGCAACUCAGGUAGCAGGAUCUUCCACAGGAGCUAAAAUUGAUGUCAAUCAUGCAUUCUAUUUGCAUUCUUCAGAUUCUCCUGGAAUGGGUUUGGUAACCAGCUCCUUUGAUGGAAGAGGAUAUCAGGGAUGGAAGAGAUCAGUGCUUAUAGCACUCUCUGCAAAGAACAAGUUGGGUUUCAUCACUGGAGAGCAUCCUUCACCAGCUCCAACUUCCACAGAUCUGCAACCUUGGAGUAGGUGUAAUGACAUGGUAACAUCUUGGCUUCUUAACUCACUUUCAAAAGAAAUAUCAGAUAGUGUUAUUUAUUCCAGGACUGCUAAGGAACUCUGGAUGAGCCUCGAACAUAGGUUUGGUCAAUCAAAUGGUGCUAAACUUUUUCAUUUAAAGAAAGAACUUAACAGAUUGGUGCAAGGAACUAACAACAUUGCAGGGUAUUUUACUAAGCUCAAGAGACUUUGGGAUGAACUAGCUUCCCUAGAUUCACAGGAUAAGUGUAGCUGUGUGUGCAUCUGUGAAGGAAAACAGAAAAUGGAGAAAUCUGUUGAAGAUGAGAUGCUUAUACAAUUCCUUAUGGGUCUUAAUGACACAUAUGCACAAGCUAGAGGGAAUAUUCUCAUGAUNUGUUGA